UCCCCGCCUCGACCUAUCAGAAAGCAGGCCGGAGUCCACACCACUGCGACUUCGGUGCAGGUUGUGGCUUGUUUUGCCACAUAAAUAACAACAACCGAAGCCUGGGCUAACAUGUGCACAGGAUAUCUGUUAGACAGGGAGAAAGAGCCCCUUUCAAACACAUUAAAAGCGGUCUGUUAGCGGAACACCCUUUUCGUUUGUUGUGUAUAACUUAUAAAGAGAAAACUAUAGCAGGUGCAAGCAGCGUCAUGUCGGUCGACAGCGUCUUUAGGACUCGCUCUCUCGGCGUGGCUGCCGAGGGUCUGCCUGAUCAGUACGCCGACGGCAAAGCAGCGAAAGUCUGGCAACUGUACAUCGGAGACACGCAGAGUAGGACGCAGGAGUACAGAAGCUGGCUGGUGUCUCUGCUGAGAGAGGCAGGGGUGCGGAGAGUCCUGGAUGUGGCCUGUGGAACAGGUGUUGACUCCAUUAUGUUGGUGGAGGAGGGGUUUAACAUGGUGAGUGUGGAUGCCAGUGACAAAAUGCUGAAGUAUGCACUGACCGCGAGAUGGGAAAGAAGAAAAGAAACGGCCUUUGACCAGUGGGUUAUUGAAGAGGCCACCUGGCAGACGUUACCAAAUGAUAUUCAGAAACCAGGAGAUGGUUUUGAUGCCGCCAUCUGCCUCGGCAACUCAUUUGCUCACUUACCAGAUUUCAAAGGAGACCAGAGUGACCAAAAGUUGGCCCUUCAGAACAUCGCCAGUAUGGUCAGACCAGGUGGGAUCCUUAUCAUUGACCACCGGAACUACGACUAUAUUCUGGAGACUGGUCAGGUGCCACAUGGCAAAAAUAUCUACUACAAGAGUGAUCUAACUCUGGACAUCUCCACCUCAGUGCUGUGGGUCAACAGUAAGCCCCAUAUGAUUACUCUGGACUACACCUUCCACGUGCCACAGGCCAGUGUCAAGAAUCCUCCUGAAGUCAGUAAAUUCCGCCUGUCCUACUACCCUCACCGCCUUGAGAACUUCAAAGCUCUGCUGAAUGAGGCCUUCAACGGUAAAGUACAACACUGCGUCUAUGGAGAUUUCAAGGAGUACGUUCCUGGCCAGACCCAGGCCCCGUGCUACUUCAUCCAUGUCUGUAAGAAGACAGCCUAAAAGCCCUACCAACCAGCUUGCUGCACAUGCACAUAAUUGUGAAAAAAUGAUGAAGCUUUCUGUCCUCUUUAAGUCCCACAGUUUUCAAGAUAUGAGCAAAAAUACAUUUCAGUAUGUUUUAGAAAGAUUUCUUUAUGAAGAUGGAAAAGUUUUUUGGUCUUUGGUCACGUUAAAUAUAGAGACUAAUGCCAUCCGCAUGGCCUUGGCAGAUUAGGACUGUAUAAAUAAUGAGUCUGGCCACUGCCUUUUUUAAAAUGCAUUAUUAAAGUGUUUUCAUGGUCUAGACAGUUGCAUGUUAUACAGUUUGGCUUUAGAACUGCUGUGCAUUUUCAGUUUCUCAUUUUAUUGUUUCAUUUUAUUUUAAAAUGGUUUGUGCUAAAGUGUUGAAGCAGAGUCUCUGACUCCACCAAGAACAGCUGGAUGAUUUUGAUCAUGUUCUUAUAAAAUAAAUUCACUUAAAUAGGGUUUAAAAUCUAUUCAGAAUGCGUUGGAUGCAUUUGUGCUGUUCUUGUUUUGGUUUGCACCCUGCUUCUUCCCUACCAGAAUGUCGAUAUUGAUAUUCUUUAUGAUGGAAUACUUGGUGUUCCUUGCAAGUAAUGGACACAGUCUUAAAAAUUAUUUUCAGACAGUUUAAUUUUGUGAAUUUACCACAUGGGUCUUAAAAACACACAUACAGCAUCUGUGUAUUGUGAAUACGGUAGCAGUUUUUUAAGCAGCAGUGCCAUAGAUUUGCAUUGACUUGGCUGCCAUCUUCCAAAGUAAGAAGCUGAAAUCAAUAGCAGUCAUUAUACUUGUGACAAGUUGGGGCAGGUCAAAACAUGUUUUACAACUUAUUUGACUGUCUCUCUCAAAUAUUGGGUCACUUGAAUAAUUUGUUAUCUAGCUAGCAAACUAAAUUAGCUGAGCAACAAUACAAUGCAGAAUUAGUCAUUAAAAAUAGUAUUUGCUGAUAAAUCCCAUUGUUCCUUACAGAAAACAAUGGAUCUGAAUCGACUGUUUAAGACUAUUUGAAGCUACAUAAAUCAUGUUACCUGCUGCUAUUUUUGACCCCUCAGUGUUGCAGUUCUUCUAUCUUGAUGGUUCUAAAUAAUGACUACUUUAACCUGCUCAAGCAGAACAGGAAUAGCUUGACUGUUAGUCAGAAGACUUCAUCAUGAAGUGUCCUUGUUCAACUUCAGAGUUAAAUGCCCUCUCACUGAACCUCCCUGAAGCUGGGGAACAAAAUAAGAGUUUUGCCACUAAAGCCUGCUAUUGAGAAAAAGGGCUGAGGCAGUUUAUAUUUGAACUAAAUUUUGCUGCAGUUCUCCAUCUUUCUUUUAUGUUGUGGUACUUAUGUUUAUUUUAACCAACAGGCCAACAGUGAGUGCCAUCCAUUGAGUUGAAAAUAAAAACUAAAGUCCUAUUGAGGAUUCAUCAAAAAGUACUAACAACCGUAUCCGAAUAGGUGGUAACUUUAAGCUGGGCUUUAAACUGGCUAAAAAUGCAUACAUGAAAAGCUACAUGUGAUAUCAACCUAAAACGAUUCAUAAAAGUCUUUUGUUACAUAAAGUAUGAAAAACUUGAAUGUGUUUCGACUGCAGUGCACACAAUUUGUCUCAACCAAAAUAAUGUAGAGGAACAUGAACGAAGAAUUUAUUUUCCUGUAUUAUCUAGAUUCUUUUUGCUGAUACCAAAUAUUAAAGGUGCUCCACCGCAAAGAUAUCAGAUCUUAUCCCCACUCCUACUGUUUGUCUAAACGGGGCCACAUGGUGCAUUCAGAUAUUGUGCCAGUUCUGGUGGUAGAACAAUAUGUACGGUUCACUGUAGUUUGAUUUGAAAUCAGUGGUAGGUUUGGAAUGUGGCAUUAAUGACUACAUGUUUCAGUGGGUUUUGUAGUUUAUGUAAAGACUGAACUAUUUCAGAACAUUCUUACCCUGCUACUUCUUGUACAGAGAGUGUAAAAAAGAUAGUUUAUUGCUUAUAUGAUAAUUGGAAUGCUUUUACAUUAAAUAAAAAGUGCAACA